GGUCUUCGAUCCGGCCUUUUGCCUCGGAUUUCUGGCAGACGAGUUGACAUCAAAGAAGCCAAAAAAGGCGUCCAAUUCGAACUCGCACUGCGUUGUUAGCUUUCUGAAUCAUAAUACAAAUACCGUUCAUACCUACUGCGAAUUAGAGACUCUUCUAGCUGAAUCUGCGUAGGUGCCGGUUCAUUCAUCUCGUUGUUCUGUUGUGUUGUUCCUCGUCACAAGGGCGCCCUCUCUCUCACAUAUUCACACACACACACACACACACACACACACCCAAACAUCCAUUCAAAGUUCGUAUAUCCGUUGCAACGAUGCUGCGCAAGGUGGGCACUCGCCCCUACAAGACGAUGGUGCGUCGUAUGGCGGCCACCGACGCCGCUGCGGAGGUGAACACCAGCAAGGCCGUUCUUCAGCUCGUCCGCUUCGACCCAGAGACGAACUCCUCCCGUGUGGAGAGCUACGAGUACGACAAGCACCACGACUACAUGGUGCUGGACCUCCUGAUCGCCGUGAAGGCCCACCAGGACCCCACCUUAGCCUUCCGCAGCUCCUGCUGCGAGGGUGUCUGCGGCAGCUGUGCGAUGAACAUCAACGGUAUCAACUCGCUCGCCUGCAUCACCUUCGCCCAGCACGUCACGACGAUCGGGCCGCUGCCAAACUUCCCGGUUAUUAAGGAUUUUGUCGUGGACCUGCGCUACUUCUUCCAGCAGUACGCGUACAUCCGCCCUUUUGUGCGCAACGCAAAUCUGCACCGUAGCCAGGUAGACGGCAUCGUAGACCGCUACAACAGCAUCGCUCGUGCGCUGACGGGCGUGAGUCCGGCGGAGGGGCGAGCGAUGGAUGAGGCGAAGCUGGUGGUGGCCUCGACGCAGAAGUCGGAGACGACAAUUGCGGCCCUGCUGCGCAUCGCCGAUGCCGCCGUGGAUGCUGGCAACGUGACGCAGGUUCUGUCGGUGCUGGAGCGGGUAGAGAAGCUGGGCACGACGCUGGACGCAGCGAAAGUGACGGAAUUGAUUGAGCGUGCGCUGAAGAACUACGCAGCCAAGGCGAACUGA